GAGAUCCAGGAGUUGCACACAGCAACUCUCUCUCUCUCUCUCUCUCUCUCUCUCUCUCUCUCUGCUCCCAACAUGUUGGUGGCUCUGAGCAGAACCAGCAGAGCCGUGCAGCUCAGGACCCUCAGCUGGUCCAGGGCCGUCCUGCAGAAUCGCAGCGGCAGCAUUUACAGCAAGCCGCCCAAGACCAAGAUCGGACCGGGGCAAAGUUUCUUCAUCAUGUCCGUGUUCGCGGCGGCUCUCCUGCUCCCUGCGGGAUGGAUCCUGCACCACCUCCCCGAGUACCGACACCGCCGUCCUGCUCCACCGUCCUAAAGAGAGCACCACCCGGCCGUCGCGCUGCACGCUAACGCUAAUCCCGGCUGCCCGUGAAGCAUUAUUCACCUUUCUGAGAGACAGAUGGAAAUACACUUGCCUGUGAGAGUUUUACUGAGGAAGCAUGAACAGGAGAGGACGAAUACUUCACUUCUCUGUGGUGUUUAAUGCACCAGCACAGCAGACUGCUAUGUCACUGCAGCGAAUGCUUACGACAGCGCUUAGUGUGUAAAACAGCUCCACAUUCCUUCCUGUAAUAAAUACAUGCUCUUUAAAAAUAAAUCUCUUGAAAAUACAUAA